AUGGCCACAAUCAAGGCCAUUGAAGGUCGAUCGGUUCAUCAAAUCCAAUCUGGUCAAGUUAUUGUUGACCUGUGUUCCGUCGUGAAAGAACUGGUCGAGAACAGCCUGGACGCUGGUGCCACGUCUAUCGAGGUGCGCUUCAAAAAUAAUGGCUUGGAGUCAAUCGAGGUGCAAGACAACGGACAAGGCAUUGCGCCGGAGAAUUUUGAGACAGUUGCAUUGAAGCAUCACACGUCAAAGCUUUCAACCUACGAUGAUCUCGAAACACUUCAGACAUUCGGCUUUCGAGGUGAAGCGCUUUCCUCGCUUUGCGCUCUCUCCGAAUUUCAUGUCAUAACCGCACGAGCGCAAGAUGCCCCAAAAGCGAGCAGACUUGACUUUGAAGUUUCUGGCAAACUCAAACAUACAAGCAUCGUGGCCGGUCAAAAGGGCACAUUAGUGGUCGUCGGGAACCUGUUCCAUAAUUUACCAGUUAGAAGACGAGAACUGGAAAAGACGAUCAAACGUGAAUAUGGGAAGGUUCUGGGGCUACUACAUGCAUAUGCAUGUAUCAGUGUCAAUGUCAAAUUUACUGUCAGUAACCAAAUGGCAAAGGGGCGAAAAGCGAUUGUUUUCUCAACAAAGUCAAACCCGUCCACUAGGGAAAAUAUUGCGAACGUGUUUGGUGCAAAGACCCUGACUGCGCUCGUUCCUUUGAAUUUAACAUUGGAAAUGCAACCGACAAAUAGACCCAGCCAGAAAUGGACAGCCAGAAAGGGGAAACGGAUUGAAGAAGUUCUAGUUUCAGGACACGUAUCAAGGCCAGUCUUCGGCGAGGGACGCCAAACACCAGACCGUCAAAUGUUUUUCGUCAAUUCGAGGCCGUGUGGACUUCCCCAGAUAGCUAAAGUCUUCAAUGAGGUCUACAAAACCUUUAACGUCACGCAAUCGCCCUUUGUUUUUGCCGACUUUCGAAUGGACACAAGUGCAUAUGACGUCAAUGUUUCUCCUGAUAAACGCACCAUACUUUUGCAUGAUCAGAAUGCACUGCUUGAGACGCUCAAGGAAUCGCUCACACAGCUUUUUGAAUCUACAGACCAGACAGUGCCGCAGUCUCAGCCCAUUCUACCAAAGGGUCCUUUACGAAAAGAACUUCCAGCACGAAGAAAUGCCACACCUGGAUCUGAUUUUGCCGAUAGCGAUGAGACGAUGACGUUGGAUCAAAGGGAGAAUAUAACGGAUAAUGCAAAGCACGACUCAGUAACAUUAGACAGCCCAAUCCACGGAGAUGCCCCGGCAAUGAAAGCCAAGGCAGCGAAUGCGGAGAAUAAUGGCCAUUCAAUUGGUCCUUUUUCUGAAACCCUAUCACAGUCUUUAAGCCAACGCUUUGCAAAAGACGCCCCCGGAAUCAAGCCAGUUCUUGAAAGGAAUCCAGACAAGGCAACCGAACGAGAUUCGCAAAUUGAACAAUUCAGUGAAGAGACAACUGGUCCCUCGGGUACAGUUUCCAAACGAAUAUCGGAUUUCAACAAGCGGAUGGCCGACCAAGACGACAUGCGGGACUCUGUUCCAUCCACUGCUGUUCCGUCUGAGGACCCAAUUCCCGCUCUGACCCCACCACCACGCCCUCGACCUGGAAUUAUAGAGAAUGCUUUCGAUCGAAUGCGGCCUAAGCGCAUGAAGCCUGAAAUGGCUACCAUAACAAUUGGCUCUAAAACGACCACGUCCCCCAUUGGAACAUCUGCUAGAAGAACUCCAGCCGUCGAAGCUCCCCACGACUCAAGAUUGAAAAAUUCCAAGAACACUCCGCCUCGUGGAAGUAGCUUUGCAAAAAAUCUGCAAGCAUUUGCUGCUUCUGAUACUCGACAGGAGCUCAGUAGCGAUGCAGAAAGAAGCGGCGGCAGCAGCAGCAGCAGCAGCAGCAGCAGCAGCAGCGCGGAGAAUAGUGAAAACGAAGAGGGCCCUCAAGAAAGCAUAGCCUCAGACAGCAAGAACAAAGAUUCCAAGGGCCAAGGAUACACCUCAGAUGCAGAGGUACCUGAUGAAAAUAUGAUUGAUGGAGAUGCUGGAGAUGCAGAAGAAGUCCCGGAAGCACUGGACUCUGAUUCAGACUAUGUUGAUGAAGAAGAGGCCAAAGCUCAAGAGCAAGCACGGGUGCAAGCUUUAAUACGUGAAGCAGAAGAUGCUGCACAGGUAGCAGCGAGACCCACGGAGGACAAUAUAAAACGGGCGAAUCAUCUCCUAAGAAACAGCCGCAGAAAGGAUUCAACUACGCAACUCCUCCAACGCGUUGAUUGGUCAAUUGGCAAAAUGGAGCACCAUAUCAGCGCUUUCCGUGAAUCUCUAGAAGCUAUUGACGAACGGCGUCAAGGGUACAUGGCGAAGAGUGGUGCUCAGGUAGACCGUGAAUCUGCAGAAUCUGUCGAGGAACGAUUAUCUCUUACCAUUUCCAAGGAAGAUUUUGCCCAGAUGCGGGUGGUCGGGCAGUUCAAUCUUGGGUUCAUCUUGGCAGCACGGCCCUACUCUGUUUCUUGCAAUGAGCAAGGUGACAGCAAGGCACAGGAUGAGCUCUUCAUCAUUGAUCAACAUGCGUCAGAUGAAAAGUAUAACUUUGAACGUCUUCAGGCAGAGACGGUGGUACAGAACCAGCGCCUGGUAAAGCCACGCGCGCUCAAUUUGACUGCAGUGGAAGAGGAAAUACUCUUAGAAAACACGCACGUACUGGAGAAGAACGGUUUCAUCGUCGAGGUAGAUGCAAGCGGAGAGGAACCCAUUGGACAGCGUUGUAAGCUCGUAAGCUUACCAAUCAGCCGUGACGUUGUGUUCGAUACGCGCGACCUCGAAGAGCUCAUUUCGCUCCUAGCCGACUCACCCUCGUCUGCUUCCCACAUUCCUCGUCCAAGCAAAGUCAGACGCAUGUUCGCCAUGCGGGCGUGUCGUUCGUCCAUUAUGGUCGGGCACCCUUUGACUGCGAAACGGAUGAAAAACGUUCUUGUACAUAUGGGAGAGAUUGAUAAGCCGUGGAAUUGUCCACAUGGCAGGCCGACCAUGCGUCAUUUAGUAAGCCUCGACGCGUUGCAGCCUUGGCAAGAGGGUCAAGGGUUAGUAGGUCUUGGAGAUGAGGGCACUGGGGAUAUUAAUUGGAGAGAUUACCUUGGAUAAUUACCGCUGAUGGACUCGUCGGGGCGUCAGACAUUCUAUAAUGUUGGAUCUUUUACAUGCGGACAAGCAUAUGAUACCAUUUGCUUCAAAGAUAGACUAUCAACGAAAAAUACUAUUUCAUUCUCUUACUGCU